AUGCCACUGUUACUGGUUGUCGCGAUACCGACUUUCGUUUGCUCUCUGCUCUCUCUCAUCGCUGACACCAUAUUUGCGGUCUUCUAUUAUGCGCUGCCUCCGGAGAGACACUACCGUCAAGCGCUGAUUGUGAACCUGCUAAUAGCUGAUUGGAUCAAUGCGCUUAACAACACCAUCUCUGGCGCUGUUGCGCUGUCCCGACGCAAUGAGGAGAGUCAGCUCACCAGGGGCCCAGCUUGCACCGCGAACGGAUACAUUGGACAAUUCUCCGUGCAGGCGAUAGAUUUCAACAUCUUGAUCAUCUCCUUCGCAGUGCUGCUCACUGUUCGCCAGAGUUCUAUCACAAUGGAGCCCCCUUGGUGGGCAGUCGUGCUUAUCUGUAUCUUGCCAUGGAUACCCUCCUUGAUUACUAGCAACAUUGCCCUCGGCCUUGAUGCAUAUGGCCCGGUCAGUGGCAACUGGUGCUGGAUAAAGCCCAAUCUUGUGCUGCGAUAUACGCUUACCCAUGGCUGGAGAAUUGCCAUCUUCUUUUUAACGAUAGGCAUCUAUACCUAUGUUUACCUCUACUUGAAGCGAGUCUACGGCAAACUCAACCUCAGCACAGACAGCAGCGCAACACAGGAUGAUCUGGACCUCAACAUGGCCGAAGAACUACCCAACAUCAAACAGCCGGCACACGGCCACGUCCGUACAUUCUCCGUCGCCACGAACCACGACAGCGACGAACAACCACUUUCGCCAACCCUCAGACGUGGUGGCCCCAGCACCGAUGGCAUUGCGCCGUCCAGUUCUCAGGUUGCAAUGAUUGGGAGGAAGUCACACGGCGAUAUCCAGCGGGUCAAUACUCUCGGAAAUACGCAGGCUGCUGCAAGGAAGAAAGCAUUGCGGAAGAUGCUGCUCUUGAACGGUUACCCCAUACUUUACGUCAUUCUCUGGAUCCCUGGCAUCGCAAACCGUAUUGUUGAGACUGUUGGCGAGUCGCCAGUAUGGCUCAAAGCUCUCCAGGCGUCAACGCAGCUCGUGGGGUUUGCCAAUGCCCUCACGUACGCCUGGAACGAGCAGUUGUCCAAGAGGGUCAAGAGUCGAUGGGAAUUCAUGCGAAGGACGAACCGGCGACCCACAGUUCUGCCCUCGAGGGAUACGACUGGUUUCGUCUAA